AUGACGACUGGUAUGGGGAAAGAAGACUCUGAAGACAAGCUGUAUAUGGGCAGUGAUUCUGAACAAGAAUCAGAAUAUGACACGGACACACACUCUGGGUUGACUCCCGUGCCUUCAGUAACAUCUUCAGUCUCAGACUUAAGCAAUGAUGCACGUACAUUUAUGAGAGCAGUAACCACACGAAGUGGGCGUAUGAUAAAAGUUCGUUGCUGUACUGAUCGCGCGUCCCAGUCUGUUACCACCGAGAUGACGUCGACGGAUGAUGUGAGACGGCUGGGAGCAGUUGAUUGGUUUAUCUUCGUAGGGAUGUUGAUAUUGUCGGCGUCAACAGGUGUCUACCAUGCCCUUGCAAAAGGGGGACAGCAGAAUCUAUCACAAUACCUGAUAGGAGACCGGAGUAUGUCGGCGCUACCAAUCGCCAUGUCCUAUUUUGUGACCUACACGUCAGCGACGGCCAUUACCGGGUACCCAGCUGACGUCUACCUCUUUGGGAUGCAGCUUGGUGUUAUUUACAUCGGGUACAUUCUGGGAACAGUCGUGGUGAUGUUUUUGUUUAUACCGUUCAUCAGACAGUUCAACUUCAUUAGUAUAUAUGAGUACAUCAGCCUGAGAUUCAGCCUAAGUCUGCGUAUCUUUGCUGCACUGAGCAAUAUAAUAUUAACUUUAGUGUUCAGCGCCGUGUCCAUGGUAGGCCCAACAAUGGCGUUUCAAACAGUACAGGACGUCGAGGGAUGGAAAAUAUUACUGAUAAUUGGAUCAUUGUGUAUAUUCUAUACAGGACUAGGAGGCCUGAAGGCUGUCAUCUGGACCGAUGUUUUCCAAUUUGUUAUCAUAAUGAUUUCGGUGACAGUGGUACUUAUCCUGUGCUCCGUUAGAGCUGGAGGGGUUGCGCACGUCUGGAACUAUGCUAAAGACAACGGGAAGUUCAACAUUGA